UGCGUGGUCUAGCUCCAGACCCGGGGAAACCUAGCCGCUAGCGGAGGCUCUCCGGGUCGCGGAGCAAGGGCCACCACUCCGCCGUCCCUCCCGCUUUAGGCCUGAGUCGGCUCCCGCCUGCCUCCACUGCUCGCCAGCCUUGCGCAGCUGCGCCUGGCGCCCAGGGCAGCUCGGAGGUGGCCCGAGGACAUCCCAGAGGAGGAUCCAUGAGACCCGGCCGUUCAGGUGUGAGAGCAGAUAAAGGACUUACAAACGAAACAGGAUGCGUUCAAAGUGCGCUGUCGGUGCCAUUGGCUUCCUUAGCGUGUGUCUUGUGGUGUGUGCGAGCCCAGAGACUAAGUUACCAACUGCUUUUGAUGAGUAUCCAGAUGAACCUUGCACUAUAAAACUGACAAUACGACGUUUCCGGCUAAUUUCACACUGGGAAUUACAAAACAAGCCCAGCUCACCAGCUAACUACACAUUCUGGUACACGGUCAUGAGCAAAGAUGAAAACCUGACGAAGGUUGAGAACUGUUCAGAUAUCACGGAGCCAUCAUGCGACCUGACAGACGAGUGGGCAGACGGCAACGAGAACUUCUACGUCGCCAUCGUCAUAGUGCAGAGAGGGGACGCAACAGUGUGCCGCUGCUCGGACUACAUCUGGCCUGAAAAUGCUCCUCUUGAGCCCCCAGAAUUUGAGAUCGUUGGCUUUACAGACCACAUAAACGUGACGAUAGAAUUUCCACCUGUCACUGCCAAGGUGAUCCGGGAAAAGCUGAUGUCUACAUCCUUUUUCAUCAAAGAACAGACAAAGGACAACUUUAGGAUGCACAAGCACAAAGUGAAAAAUAUCCCUGGGAACUUCACAUAUGUCCUUGAAGACUUACUUCCAAAGACAAACUACUGUGUAUCUGUUUAUUUUAAUGAUGAACAUGUAAGAGAAUUAAGAGAAUCACCCUUAAAAUGUACCGUCCUUCAGCCUGGCCAGGAAUCAGGAUUAUCAGAAUCUACCAAAGUAGGACUAGUUACUGGGUGCCUGAUAAUGAUGGUCUGCAUGAGCACCGUCCUAGUACUGAAACGGAUUGGUUAUAUAUGCCUAAAAGACAAUUUUCCCAAUGUCUUGAAUUUCCGUAACUUUUUAACCUGGAUAUUCCCUGAAUGGCCACCUUCAGAAGCCAUCGACCGGCUGGAGGUCAUUCCCAAAACCACAAAGAAGAGACUGUGGAAUUACGACUAUGGGGACGACAGUGACAGUGACGAAGAGGUCCCCAAAGCAAGUGUCACUGGCUACACCAUGCAUGGCCUGAUGGGCAAGCCUCUGCAACAAACCUCUGACACCUCAGCCAACCUGGAGGAGCCCCCACAUGAAGAAAAUUCAGGUGGUGAGGAAUCUGAUGAAGCUGGGGCAGGGGCUGGAUCUGAGUCACAACUUCCCACAGAGGUGGAGGCGGGGCCUUCAGAAGACUCAGGUGGCCCCUAUGAAAGAAGAAAGAGUGUGCCCAAGGACUCCUUCCCCGAGGAGGACAACAACUCCAUGGAUGGGCCUGGGGACAAUGUUAUCUUCAAUGUGAACUUAAACUCUGUGUUUCUGAGAGUUCUCCAUGAUGAAGAUGCCUCAGAGACAAUCUAUCUCACAGAAGACACAGGCCUCCUAGACGAGGGUCCCCACAGGACAGAGUCAGACCUUCAGAUAGCUGGUGGGGACAGGACACAGCCACCCCAUCCCAUCCUCUCUUCCCAGGGUCUGUGGACUGAAGAUGGGUCAUCUGAAAAGACAGACACUUCAGAUUCUGAUGCUGAUGCCGAUGCAGGGGACGGCUAUAUCAUGAGAUGACUCCAAAGUGGUUCAUUGACUGGAGCUAGGCACUUACAGGGUUCUCUCACAGCCAUGCCCUAUGGUCUCCAGGUGUCUGUUAGGGAGGGACUAGAGAGCUCUCCAGCCCUCUUGGUCCUUGCUGGAUGGCCUUCUCUAUGCAGAUUGCCAAUUUGGGCAUCAGGAUUGUUUACAUGGGUCAUGAGUGUGACCCGCCCACCCUCUUUCCACUAACGCACUAAGGUGCUUUGUGUUACCUUUCCCAAGGAACAGUGUUCAGUGUGGUUUUCAGAGGCAGCCCUCCCUGUGCGGUUUCUAGGAAAUGAUUAAAUUGGGGGAGAGAAAGGGAAAAGAAAAACUGGCCAAACAGUGUUCAGCAGGACCCUAGGAAUGAACCUGAAAGGGGGCAGAAGGGGCAGAGGUAGGGCAGGCUGAGCUGGCUGCUGGCAAGGAGAAAGAAAAGCUAGCAAGGCUUGAGCCCCCUGUCUGGGCUCUUUCCAGAUGUCAAGAUCUGUCUCCUCUACCACUCUGGGAAGUUCCUUCACAGCCACCCAUAAAAACCCUCACAGUUUUAAUGAGGAGGGGGAGAAGCCACAUGAAUAAUUCUAGGUAGGACCCAACAAGUGACUCAGAGAGAGGAAUCUCACGGCCACAUUUUAAGGUCUUUCUGCUUCACUUCUUUAAACUUCAGUCUCUCAGUUUGUGAAGUGAAGGGACUAAGCAGGAAAUCUUCUUCAUCAAGACUCAGGGGAAGUGCUGAGCCCCGGGAGUGAUGCUGGGGUGGAUGAAGGCUGUAGGAGCCUCCAUCCAUCCAUCCAUCUUUACUCUCCCCACCCCAAAACCAGUGUCUCACAUUUUCUAUUCAAAGAGGAACUAGUACAACGGGUCCUGGCUUAAAGGCUUCCGAAGGAUUACCCAUGUAGCCUCUGUAAAACAAUUCAAAAGAAACCCUUGUCGAACUGACAUAAGAAAAAUCCCACAGGAAGGAGACCCUAUACAUAACAACCGUUUCUCCUCCGCCCUCUGAACAAAACUAUCGGCAUUCUCCGGUAGCAAUGCUUUCUUUUAAGCUUUGCAUAAUCGCUGGGAGUUGGCUUUUUAAUGCUUGCACUUAGUUGUUGUUUUUUAUUUUUAUUUUUUUUAAUUUUAUACGAUGUAAAAAUUGUCACAGAGUAAUACAAAAGUACUUUUCAUAUAA